GUUCUCUGUAGCAUGAGAUCAUAUAGCGCCAUGUGCUAGCGAUUUGUAGAAUGUGUGUCCGAAUAGGACAAAAUGGUACUAGGAAGAGAGAGAGAGUGAGACAAGCAGGCACCACUUGUGUAGAAAGAGUGCGCCACACACAACGUUGCCUGGCACAACAGUGAUGAACAUCACAGGACACGACUGUAACUUGCUGCAACGCCUUGUUUUCUACGCUCAAAUACACAUUUCUGUCGAAUCUGUUUGGGAUCAGUUCCAGAUCGAUCCUAAUGGUUCUCCGAUUUUAGCUGGAACUGAAAGUUCAGAAUAGAUACAAAUUCUGCAACAUUGCAUUAUUGGCUUGACAGUG